AUGGCCGAAGGUCUGAUGCAGAAACUGUUCCCCGGCCGGAUCUACGUGCGCUCUGCCGGUGUCCGGCAAGGCAAGGUCGACCCCUUCGUGGAUGCGGUAAUGGCCGAGAUCGGUGUCGAUAUGGGCAAACAUCGGCCAAAGACCUUCGAAGAUCUGGACGAAUCUGGAUUCGACCUGAUUGUCACCCUGGCGCCCGAAGCCCACCACAAGGCUCUCGAGAUGACCAGGACGGAUGCGAUGGACGUGGAAUACUGGCCAACCAUGGAUCCGACACUUGCAACGGGGAGUCGCGAACAGAUCCUGAACGAAUACCGGACCGUGCGCGAUCAGCUGAUGAUGCGAAUCAAGAAACGCUUCGACUGGUCGCCAUCGGCGGCCGACUGA